ACGCCGCGAUUGGUCUGAAAAUCACAUGACAUGUCUCCCAGCAUCCAUAAUUAUGUUCCUGAUAUUUUUGCACCCCCCUCCUCCAAAAGAUGUCAGCAUCCUACUGUCCUGAUUCUCCCAGAGAAAUCCCGUAGUUUCGACCAGUGGUGCAACACACACCAAACGGUCACUGCAGUGGUGCCAAAUGCCAAAAAAUGUCAUGUCCGAAUAACAUAGCGCCCGGUAACUUCCUGAUGGAUUCCUUAAUGGGAGGAUCAUCUUCCUUCAGGGGUGAGGGUUAUUCCAGCAGCCCCGGGAUGUACAUCCACACAGCUGCAGAGUACGGAUAUUCAGUGAUGAGAAACAUUGGCAAGAUUGGACCAUCUUCACUCUCCAAAAGAGACGACGGAGCAGCGGGCGGUGCUCCGCUUAGCGGCUUCCAGGAUGGGCCCUACCUGUCAGCUCAGCUGGCCACAUGGACCCCAGCCUCUAAAAGCAGCAGGGACGAGCAACCUGUUGCCCAGUGUUUACAACCCUGCUCGUUUCCAGCGGGUAACGUCAAAGAGGAGGCGUUUUGUUGCCUCUAUCAGGAUGACAGCAAUAAGGGGAAACAGACAACAGAGUCGGCCACUUACAUCCGGCUGGGGGACAACAAUAGCUGCCGGCCUCAGCAAACUGCCGCCCCGGCCAGCGGCUGUUUCCAGGUGUUGAGCGGAGGGAGGCCACAGCAGGAUGACCAGCAGCACUUCCCCUCCGGCUUCUCUCUGACUCAUUUGGCGACAUCUGUUGAAUCAGCACCAGAAUCGACAGUGAGCUGCAGCAAAUCGGCGCGAGGGGUUUCAAAGGCAGAUGAGAGUCAGAGCAGGAAGGAGGAGAAGGCCAAGAGUGACAGCUGUUCAGAAAACUCGGACGGGGAAUUAAAAGAUGAUUUAACGGCGGACAAGACACCGGGAAACUGGUUAAACGCCAAAAGUGGACGGAAGAAGCGCUGUCCCUACACAAAGCACCAGACGCUAGAGCUGGAGAAGGAGUUCUUGUUCAACAUGUAUCUGUCUCGGGAGCGCCGCCUGGAGAUCAGCAGGAGUAUCAACCUGACCGACAGACAGGUCAAGAUCUGGUUCCAGAACAGACGCAUGAAGCAGAAGAAGUUCCACAGGGAGAAGAGUGUAGUUUACAGUUACUCCUGAGAUUAUUUACACGCACACGCACGCACACACACACACACACACACACACACACACACACACACACACACACACACACACACACACACACACACACACACACGUGCGCGCGCACGCACACUUGCACAAACAUGGCAGGCACAAAUACAGACAGACAUACAUGUCUCAUUCAAUUAUCAUUCAUCAAUUUUAUCACUAUCUGACACAUACACGCACACGCGCGCGCACACACACCGCGUGCCUCCUUAAAUUAUCUGUAAAUCCCAGCAGCCUGCAGACUAGUCUUGGUUUCCAGGUGAACACUUGCAGCUACAGCAGCAGCAGCAGCAGCAGCAGCAUUGGAACAAUAGUAACCUGGCCACAAGUACAGUAACAUCCAAACUAAAAGGAGGAGACAAUCUCAAGCUGUCCACAAACAACAACCUGGCAUGAAAACAGUAUCACUUUCUGCAGCCACUUGUGCAGCUUCCUCCCUGGUGUCUCAUCCAGGCUCUGUGUAAUGUGCAUGCAAUGCACAUGAUGAUAGUAAAGCCAUGUCAUGGCAAACGAGUCCAAAACAAUAAAAAAAUAGAGGGGGGAAAAA